AUGGUUCAACAUGCCAAGACAAUGGAAAAGAUAACAGCAAAAUACCCUCUCAAUAAAGUCGACGUGAAAGCAUUUUCACUACCCGCCGGUAGCAUGUCCAUCAACAAAGACAACCUCUUCUUGGGACAAUUACCCAACCGUAUCAUCGUUGGAUUUGUGGACACCGAUGCCUAUAACGGUAUCUAUACAAAAAAUCCAUAUAACUUCAAACAUCUGAACCUCAACUUCAUUUCCAUCACGGUGGACAGUGAAACAGUGCCUAUGCGACCUCUACGUCCAAACUUCAAAGAGGGAACGGGACAGAAUUACAUUCACGCUUACAAUUCACUCUUUAUGGGGACGAACAGGCUGUUUACAGACAAAGGACUGGAUAUCGAUCGAGAAGAAUACAUAGGCGGGUAUACCCUCUUUGCAUUCGACCUUACGCCAGAUCUUUCAGAUGGAUGUCACCUCAAUCUUAUCAGACAGGGAAAUCUACGUCUAGAACUACAAUUUGAAGCCCCCCUCCUGAACACCGUCAACUGUAUCGUCUACUCGGAAGGCCAGGGACUCAUACAAAUAGACAAAGCCCGGAACAUCAUCUACGAUUGA